GGUUUUGUUUGCUGGGCUUGAAUAAAAAACCCAAUAAUUUUUUUCGCAAUCAUCACAAAUUCUGAAAUCCACAAUACAUUACAUGCUUCUCUCAUCGCUUCCGUUUCUCUUCGGCCUUACCCCAAUCGACAUCAUCGCUGGAUCCGUGAAGAUUGUGAAAGCUUUUGCCGAUUCUAGCGAUAGAAUCUUUUGGACGAGGCUGAUCCAUUGAAGGAGGUGAUAUAUGCAGUCUGCAAUGGACACGACCUGCCAGACAAGUGGCAGUAAAGAAAAUGCUCUCCACCUUAACGAUGGUACCAACAAAAGUCAAGUUGGGUAUGCCCAGCCUGCAUAUGUGAGUGGGUGGAUGUACAUCAAUGAACAAGGACAAUAUUGUGGUCCCUAUAUACAGGAACAGCUCUAUGAUGGUCUAUCCACUAGCUUCUUGCCAGAGGAUCUUCCUGUGUAUCCCAUCUUGCAUGGGAAUUUAGCCAAACCUGUGCCCUUGAAGUACUUUCAGCAAUUUCCUGAUCAUGUUGCCACAGGCUUCGUUUAUUUAAAUGCUUCUUCAUCAAUUAUUAAUCAGAAUUCUGAUAAGUAUCAUGGGAACAUUAGCACAGAUGGUAAGAGAGAAGAGGCCCAUAAAGAUGCAGUUAAUUCCACAUCCAUCCAGCAGUUGCAGAUAUCUGAAGCAGCUAACUCAACUUUAUUGCAUCCAUCACUGACAGGUGAAGAAUCAUGCUGGCUUUUUGAAGAUGAUCAGGGAAAGAAACAUGGUCCCCAUUCUCUUAUGGAGCUUUAUUCUUGGCAUCAUUAUGGAUAUCUCCAUGGUUCAGUGAUGGUACAUCAUUCUGAGAGUAAAGUUAAGCCCUCUAAUUUGCAAUCUAUUGUCAACUCAUGGGUAACUGCUGGACGUGAAAUAGAUCAUUCUAAAUACAACGGCUCUUUAACGGAUUUUGUUUCUGAUAUCUCUGAGGAGGUCUGCUCCCAGUUACAUUCUGGAAUAAUGAAAGCAACAAGAAAGAUUGUUUUGGAUGAAAUAAUAAGCAACAUAAUUGUGGAGUAUGUGACUGCAAAGAAAUCUGAGAGGCCUCUUAAGCAUGAAGAGUCCAGUCAGAUUGUCAAAACUAUGGAUUUUGCUCCCAGUAAAGAAGUACCUGAAAACCAGGAGUUGGAGGGCUGUUGUGGUGGUGAAGGAGUGGCAUCUCUUACUGUUCAUCAUAAGGAUGAAGAGUCCAGGCAGACAGUCAAAACCUGCUUACGCGAUGGCAUAAUGGAAGUGGGGGACUACUCUGAGAGUGAGGGAGCAGCAUCUCUCAGUGUUCACACACAAACAUCCCCUUCAAAUCAUGAUGAGCCUCUUGGAUGCAAGAACUCUAGAAUUUUAGAAGUUUUUUGCAAAAAGCUCUUUGAUUCCUGCAUGAGAGUCAUCUGGGAUGCAGUUGUGUAUGAUUCAGUAGAAGAUCGAGUAUCUGUCUGGAGGAAGGAAAAACUGGGGUCCAACUCCAGCUCUAAUGAACUUGUUGAACAUCAAAUUUCACUCGAUGAAUGUCACGAGUUGACUGAGAUUUUACCUGUAGAAGAUGAAGAACAAGAGUCUUCAUCUUCUAAGAAUGAAUAUCCCCCUGGUUUUGAAGAAGUUGUUUCGAAAGCUGAUUGUAUAAAGGAAGAUGAAAGGUGUUAUGACUUGGAACAACAUAUAAUGGAAGGUGUAGAAAAUGACCUCCAUUUAUCUGCAAGGAUGUCUUUGCAUCAGUAUAUUGAGAAGAUUGUGGAUAAGGAAGUGAGGAAAAAAAGAAAAGCUCAAAUGAAGGCAUCUGGAAUGCCUUCAUCCAGUUGGUUCGCAAAUGCUUUCAAGAAAGUAUAUUCACAUGAAGAUAUUGCUCAGGAGAAUUCUAGAAUCAUUGUUCCGGAAGCAUGCAAAUUUCGCCCUUCAAGGGCAAUGGAAUCUAUACCUAAGAUGGAGGUUUAUGUUAUCAUGGCAGCAUGUAGACAGAAGCUGCAUGAUAUUGUUCUCAGGGAAUGGUUAUCCAUAUCUUUGAGUUAUGCUAUUAAUAAACAUAAUAAAUCGGUGUCGGUGGAUUAUGCUAUUAAUAAACAUAAUAAAUCAGUGAAUUAUGGUAUUAAUAAACAUAAAAAACCGGUGCCGGUGGAUUAUCAUUAUGCUACUAAUAAACAUAAUGAUUCGGUGAAUUAUGGUAUUAAUAAACAUAAUAAGCCUGUGCAUAUGACAAACAAUAGAAGGAAAGAGAAGGCUGUAGAGUCUGUUUCUGCAUAUGACAAAUACAUAGAGCAGUCAAGGAAUGGUCAAACCUCAAGAUCUUCUGAACCAUCUAUUGCCAAUGCAAAUUAUACUUAUUCCCGGUCAAGAAAGUCAACGAAAAGAAAGUUUGCAUCUUUAUCCGGGCAAUUGAGAGCUGAACGAUUGGUCGAGGAUCUAUCUGCUGCUACUAAACAAUACCAUGUUCCCAACUUUCAUGGAGUUCAAUCACCAUAUAGUAGUAGUAUGUCAUUUCAUAAGUCUUUGAAGGGUGUUUCUACUGUAAGUCAAGAUAAUGGCACAAGUGUCCAUGGUGUAAAAUUCAACACACAGAAACAGAAUGAUCCAUAUUUCACUGCGAAUGCUUAUAAUGCUCAAAAGGCUGGCAGUUUGUCCAAAAAUGUUGCAAAAUCACUUAAACUCCGUAAACUAAAGAGGAAGAGCUUGGAUGACGUGGCAGAACAAUGCUCUGUGAAAGCUCCCAAAUUAUCCGUCAGUGGUACUGCUUCCAAGAAAGCAGCAGCAGAUACUGAUCCACUUGCUAUACAGCAGAUUCAAAAUAAAAAGUUGAAAAAAUCCAAAACGUAUCCCUUAUCUUUUGGAUGUGCACGUACUUCAAUCGACGGCUGGCAAUGGCAUAAAUGGUCAUUACAUGCAAGUGCUUCUGAAAGGGCGUGUGUUCGAGGAAUUUACAAAAAUACCCCUUCAGAGGCACAUUUAUCAAAUGUGAAAGGGUUAUCUGCCAGAACAAACAGGGUGAAAAUGAGAAGCCUUCUUGCUGCUGCAGAUGGUGCUGACCUGAUAAAAGCUAAUCAGCUAAAUGCAAGGAAAAAACGGUUACGUUUUCAAAGAAGUAAGAUACAUGAUUGGGGUCUUGUUGCACUUGAGCCAAUUGAAGCAGAAGAUUUUGUUAUUGAAUAUGUUGGAGAAUUAAUUCGUUCUCGAAUUUCUGAUAUCCGUGAACAACAUUAUGAGAGGAUGGGAAUUGGUAGUAGUUAUCUUUUCAGAUUGGAUGAUGGUUAUGUGGUUGAUGCGACAAAGCGUGGGGGAAUUGCUAGGUUUAUAAACCAUUCAUGUGAGCCUAAUUGUUAUACUAAAGUUAUAAGUGUGGAUGGUCAGAAAAAGAUAUUUAUCUAUGCAAAAAGGGCGAUAGUGACAGGAGAAGAAAUUACAUACAAUUAUAAGUUCCCAUUGGAAGAGAAAAAGAUCCCCUGCAACUGUGGCUCUAGAAGAUGCCGUGGAUCAAUGAACUGACAAUUUACAAGCCGAGCCGGUGAUAAUUCUUUUUUUGUUAGAAGUAGAAGAUGGACAACCGAUUCAUGUGCAUAUAUGUCUCGGUUGCAGAUGAGUUUCUCUUCUUAAAUUCUGUAAAUAUAGUCAGUCAAGUCAAAUUCUUUUUUUGGUCAAUUAAUUUUGUGUUUAUAUAUUUUAUUUACACUCUAAUACCAUUUUGUACAUACAGACAUGCCUCAAAAAAUGACUCAUCACAUCACAGUUGAUAGUUGAUACGAAAUAUAAUCUCUUUAGAUGAUUCAA